GCGUGCGCUUAUCGUUCUGUGCCAUUGAGGUAUACCGACUCGCAAGUUUUAUAGAAAAAAAAAUUCAAGUACACGUGAGUAAUCUUAAGUACAUACCCUCGCACGACGAUGAGAAUGCAGCGGUGAUUACAUUUUCUAAAGUGCAUGUCGGCGUAUCAGUACAACAAGCAAUACCGAGCGGAUGAACAUGCACCAGCAGCAGCAACAGAAGAAGUGCAUCGCAGAUGUCAAACUACAUCGAGAUAGCUAUUGUCGCGACCCAAUUUAAGUGCUCGCAUCAGAAUGCCGGUCAUUCAUGAUUCAAACGCCGACAGACCACCGGGCAUAGAAUUCGCGUUCGCCGCGUUGUCGGGGGUGGGAGCCGGCUGCUUCACCAAUCCCGUCGACGUCAUAAAAAUCAGAAUGCAACUCCAAGGGGAGCUCAUACGAGGUCCUUACCCGAAGGUCUAUCGCAACACGUUGCACGCUUUUUACAUCAUCGCUCGCACGGAAGGCGUUUUGGCCCUGCAAUUGGGCCUGAUGCCCGCUCUCGUCUUCCAGGUCUUUUUGAACGGCACGAGAUUGGGCACGUAUCACUGGGCCAAACGUUACGGUAUCAUUCUCAACGAAAAGGGCGAGACGAGCAUCGGCAAAACGGCACUCGUGUCCGGUUUCGCCGGCAUAACCGGCGCAGUGAUCGGUAGUCCGUUUUACUUGGUAAAGACGCAGCUGCAGUCGCAGUCGACCAAAAGCGGCAUGAUCCCAGCUUUUCGGCAUCUGUGGAGGAUGCACGGUUUUUUCGGCCUGUACAGGGGCUGGUACGCUAAUUUGCCAAAAACCUUCAUCGGCUCGGCUACUCAGCUCACGGUGUUUGGCAUCGUCACAGACUGGCUCAAGCCUUACGACGCGUUCAAGGACAAGCCGCUACUGUUGACCUUUGUCGGCUCGUUAAUCAGCGGUUGUUGCUUGGGAGUGGUCAUGCAGCCCUUCGACGUUAUAUCGACGAGACUGUACAAUCAAGGAACGGAUGUCAAGGGAAAGGGUGUUAAUUACAACGGGUUGUUCGACGCGUUGUACAAAGUUUUCACGGUAGAAGGCUUUUUUGGCUUGUACAAAGGAAUAACUCCAACUCUGUUCCGGAGCGCGCCUCACGUGGUUCUGUGCCAAGUGUUCUAUGAAAAUCUGUCUCAACUUUACGACCAAAUUUAUGCGACUGCGUGACUUGAAACCGAAGCUCACGGAUGACACAAUUUUCCACCCAAGAGUUGUGAAACUGUUCAUAGUGAAAACAAUCAACAAAUAAACGACUCUAUACAGUAGUGCCUAACGGAUGGUUUUUCUCUAGGUUUAACUAGAGAAAAACGUUCAGUCUCUGUUACAAACGUUGUUACAACUAAUCGGUAAGGCGUAUCAGUCACACAUGUUAAUUUGUUCAAGUACGUGAAAAACAGUAUGUGAUACACGCAAGCAAUACAACGAUACGAGUAUUUUGAUUUAAUUUUUCCUUUUAUUUUAUUG